CCAACCCUGAGUUCCCCUCCGACUGAACUCGACUUCCUGAAACUCUUGUAACUCGACUUACGAGGUGAGAAUACCAAUCCCGAGGCGAUGGCGGAGAGCUGUUUGGACACGUGGGCUUUCAGCCCUGCUUUCGCACGUGAGAACGCGGCGUUGACACGUGCGCUCCAGAUCUCACUCUCCGACGAGAGGCCACCGGAGCUUCCUCCGGUGAUCAUGGUCCAACCGGGACCGGAAGCUGAACUGGGUGAGAAACAGAACCGUGGGCCGGACCGGUUCAGCCCGACGGGGAGAGUCGGGAAGCGGAAGGGAAGGGUGGCGCGGCGGGCGUCGACGACGUACAUCACGGCGGACCCGGCAAACUUUCGUGAGAUGGUUCAGAGGAUGACGGGGGUUCAAUUUGGUGAACCGAGUGUUCCGGUUCAGAUGUCGGGUCGGGCGAGGUUGAACCGGGGUGUGGAGGAGGAGCAGCAGCGGCAGUUGUGGGGGUUACCGUCGACGUUGGACACGUCAUCGGUUCAUUUGGUGAACCGGGUUGAGAUGGUUGAACCGGAAGGGGAGGUUGGACCGGGGUUUGAGUUGGAGCCGGUGGUGAGUUUUCCGACUUUGGAGUCGGGGGGGUUUUCUGAGAAAUGUGCAUCUGAGGGUUGAUCUCGGGGUUUUUUCCAGCCGUUCGAUCAGGAUCGGACGGUGGUGGUGGUGGUGGUGGUUUGGGUUGAUGUUGGGGUUUUUUCAGCCGUUCGAUCAGGAUCGGACGGUGGUGGUGGUGGUGGUGGUUUGGGUUGAUGUUGGGGUUUUUUCAGCCGUUCGAUCAGGAUCGGACGGUGGUGGUGGUGGUUGUAUAGCUUUCUCUUUUU